AUGAGCAUUUUCCACAGGCUAGGACAACAUUGUGUCUUAGAGUAUUUUGACCCGUUGGUUGUUUGGAGUAUAAUAUUCCACUGUUGUUCGACCUUACAAGGUUCAACCUGGUUCAACGACGUUCCGAUCCUAGUCGGCUGCGCUAAAAUGCGAACAAAAGACGAACAGAAGUCAACCACCCGGGGCCAGACAGUGGAUGGAGAAUUUCCAAUCCAAAUAGGGGUGGCUGCGGGUGGAAGACUGGUCCAGACCCUACGAGGCAUGUCUGGCAGAGAAGGUGGCAAGAAAAAACCACUUAAGGCUCCUAAGAAAGACUCAAAGGACCUUGAUGAGGAAGAUUUGGCUCACAAACAAAAACAGAAAGAACUACAAAAAGCAUUGCAAGAUGCAAAAGCCAAGGCAUCCCAAAAGGGACCUAUGGUUGGUGGAGGCAUCAAGAAAUCAGGAAAGAAAUGAUAGGACAGAAAGUGUAAUAACAAUUUUGUUUAUUAAUGGACCUUAACUUAUUAUGAAUAUUUGGAUGAAACUAAAUACAUUCUUUUGCAAAUAGUUUUAUAUCACUUAUGUUCCAUACAAGAACAUAAUAAAUUUCAUAUUUUUGA